AUGUCGCACAUGGUGUUUCAGAGCGUCGUCGCUCCAAAACCCUUAUCUCCGCUCAAACCCAGCUUACCCAUCCCUCGCCCACUUGCGACUCUGCCUUGUAAGCUCCGUCGCGGCUUCAUCAGGGUAUCUUCCUCUUCACUUAUCGAUUCCGUCGGAGAAUCGGUUUCAGGUCUUGAGCGCUGCUUACAGCUAGCAUCCAGCGGUGAACUAGACCCAUCUUCCUCUGGCUCCUCCUAUGCAGCUUCUUCAGCUGCUCGGAUGUCUCCAGUGAUGAAAGGUGGCAAGUUCGGCUCGGUAGGAGCGGUUACUUUGGAAAAGGGGAAGCUCGAUAUGACCCAGAAGAAAGUCGAGUCAAGCCCUGAGCUUUUUGAUAGGAAAUUUGUUGAUGCUGUGUUGAACGAAUGGCAAAAAACAAUGCUGGAUCUGCCUGCCGGCCUCCGUCAAGCAUAUGAAAUGGGUUUGGUCAGCUCAGCACAAAUGGUUAAAUUCCUUGCCAUAAAUGCUCGUCCUACAACAACUAGAUUCAUCUCCCGUGCUCUUCCUCAGGGAUUGUCGAGGGCCUUUAUUGGCAGGAUGUUGGCGGAUCCUUCGUUUCUCUACAGACUUCUUUUGGAGCAAGCUGCCACAAUUGGAUGCUCGGUUUGGUGGGAGGUGAAGACUCGUAAGAAUAGGAUAAAAGAGGAAUGGGAUCUUGCACUUAUAAAUGUUCUUACUGUGUCAGCAUGCAAUGCAGCAGCUGUUUGGUUGCUAGCUCCAUGCCGUUCCUAUGGAAACACAUUUCGGUUUGACCUGCAAAAUACACUGCAAAAGCUACCAAAUAAUGUAUUUGAAAUGAGCUAUCCUCUUAGAGAGUUCGACUUGCAAAAGAGAAUCCAUUCUGUGUUCUACAAGGCCGCAGAGUUGUCCAUUCUUGGAGUCGCGACAGGAGCUUUACAGGGUUCGUUGUCAAACUUUCUGGCGGGAAAGAAGAAAAACAGAGUAUCUGUGACAGUCCCAUCAAUCACCACAAACGCUCUUGGUUAUGGCGCAUUUCUUGGAUUAUAUGCAAACAUGAGAUAUCAGUUGUUAUGUGGAUUUGAAAGAACAAUGAGCAACCACUUUGAUGUCAUAGGAGUAGCACUCUUCUUUGGCACUGCCGUGAGGAUUAUGAAUGUUCAGUUAGGGGAAAGGUCAAGACAAGUAUGGCUAGGUGUGGAGGCAGACCCGCUGGCUCAGUCGGAUGAUCUGCUAGCAAAAGCAUACAACCGACCCUCGGAGGAAUCAGUAGCCAAGCCAUCUUCAAGAUGGUUCAUCUCAAAGAAUGCAAUUGUCUCAGGGCUACUUGGUUUGAAGCAAGCGGAUUCGAACUCAGAUUCUCCACCUCCAAAGGCUCGGCGAAAGAGGAUUGUACGGAGGAAGGUGGCUGCGUCUGCCUCUUAG